AAAGGGUCCAUACCAAUGGAAGGUCUGAGCACAUCGAGGAGAGAUUUUGGGCCUCACAAAGUGUUACCAGUGAAGAUCCACCACCCCGACCAGUUCGUCCCAAGUGAGGAGAAUAUGGAUCUGCUCACAACGUAUAAACAAGAUUACAACCCCUACCCUACCUGUCGAGCUGACCCCAUCAAACCUCGGGACAGUAAAUAUCCAUGUGGCGACUAUCCAUGUGGCGACAAGAUGGAGUGUCUGCCUACUUAUAAAGCUGAUUAUUUACCCUGGAACCAACCGAAACGAGAGCUACUUCGUCCGGACCACAAAUACCGGCCGGCAUCAACCAAGUUUGAUAGUAGAACCACACACCAGGAUGACUACUCUGUAAAGGGCCCAGUGAACACCAUGAGCUGUAAGCCUCCGGUUGUGCCCAAGCUCUGCAACAUCCCCCUGGAGGACCUGACUAACUACAAGAUGAGCUAUGUGGCCCACCCUGUGGAGAAGUGCUUUGUGUAUCAGGCGGAGAAGUUCAGACCCUGUGAAACCCCCUUUGAAAGCCUCACCACCCACAAAGAGGCCUACCGGGGCCUGAUGGGGGAGCCAGCCAAGAGCUUGAAACCUCCAGCCAGGCCCUGUGCGCUAGACACGCCUUUCUCUAACACCACCGAGUUUCAAGAUAAGUACCAAGCUUGGCCAACGCCCCAGAUGUUCUCCAAAGCUCCUGUCACCUAUGUCCCUCCUGAAGAAAAGAUGGACCUUCUGACAACAGUACAGGCCCAUUACACACACCCUAAAGGUGCCCCAGCCAAGUCCUGCCGACCAGUGAUCUCUGUCAAGAAGGGUGGCCGCUUCGAAAGCUCCACCACCACCAAGGACGACUACAAGCAGUGGGCCAGCAUGCGCACAGAGCCAGUCAAGCCCAUUCCCCAGCUGAACUUUCCCACCGAGCCCUUGGACUGCCUGACCACCACACGGGCCCACUAUGUGCCCCACCCACCCAUCAGUACCAAAAGCUGUAAGCCCCACUGGUCUGUCCCCCGAGGAAACAUCCCUGUGGAGGGCCAGACCACAUACACCAUCAGCUUUACUCCCAAGGAAAUGGGCAGGUGCCUGGCUUCAUACCCUGAGCCCCCUGGCUACAUUUUUGAGGAAAUUGAUGCUUUGGGGCACAGGAUAUACAGGCCAGUUUCCCAGACAGGCUCUCGGUGGAGCAGCCGUCUUUCUGUAGGUGAUUCGGAACCCCCCAACCAGCAGGAGUUGGCAGUGUCAGCCUGA